GUCAGGAAUCGGACCGAUUUUUUUUCACUAGAGAAUCGGCGCAGCCCCCUCCCCUACGGUGACGGGAGAACUAAUCGAUUUGUUCCGAUUAUUUGUCGAUAACCGCAUCGGGUUGGAGUGUUUAAAGACCAAUAUAAAUAUAAAAUUCGUUGUCGGACCGGGACUUUCGCCUUUUCCAGUGGACGCGCAUUAGAGGGAGAUGCAGGUCGCUGAAGAGGCAUGUGCUCAGCUGGAGGACGAGCUGCUGUUUUGCGAGGAUUGCCGGUUGUACUUCCGAGAUUCCUGCCCACACCACGGCACGCCAACAUUUGUGUCUGACCAGCUGGUACCAGAGUGCAUGCCCUCGCGGGCACUGUUGACUCUACCGGAAGGGCUCACCAUCAAAGAGAGGCUGCAGGGUGGGCUCGGCGUCUGGUGCACACUGCCUGCCAUCCCACGGGGUUGUAUCUUUGGUCCAUUCGAUGGGGACAUCCUGACGGAAAAGAACGACUGUACUGUCUUCUCCUGGGCGCUGCGAGAAAAUGGAUCCUAUUAUUAUGUGGAUGCUUCCGAUGAGUCGAAGGCUAACUGGAUGAGGUAUGUGGCAUGUGCUUCAAGUGAAGAGGAACACAAUCUGACUGUCUUUCAGUACCGCAGUAAAAUUUACUACCGGGUGUGCCAGACAAUUACUGCGGGAGUUGAGCUAUUGGUGUGGAUCGGAGAGGAGUAUGCUAGGACUUUGGGGCUAAAACUGGGUGAACACUUCAAGUAUGAGUUUGGCGAGAAGGAGCUACUGAUGAAGCUGUUUCAAGACCUUCAAAGCAAAGUUCCUGAUGGAAUCCCAAGCCACGUUAACCCCCAUGAGCAGUACAACUGUAGUGACUUAGUGGCCUCCAUCAUUCACGCCCACAAAGCCAACGUGCAGAGCAGUGGCAUCUGCCACAUGAACAGAGAUGCCCCAGGCACCAUGCUGGAAGGAACCCAGAACCUAGUGAGCCUGGGGCGGGCGCAGAGCCGCUAUUGGACUUUCUUUGGUUUCCAGGGAGAUGCUUUGGGGCGCAUCCUUGACAAGACUAAAAUUAUUUGCAAACUGUGUGGGGUCCGAUUGUCAUACAGUGGCAACACGACCAACCUGAGGCAGCACCUGAUCUACAAGCACAGGCAGGAGUACAACGAGCUAGUUGGUGGCACCUCUGCACCGCAGAAGGGAUUAGAUUCGUACCCACAAGACCUUACAUCAAGAACUGUGAAAGGAGUCACGCCUCCCAUUGGGAGAACGACCAGGGCCAUUUCGGAGUUCAUUGUGACUGAUCUGCUGCCUCUGAAGACCAUCGAGGGGGAGGGUUUUGUCCAGAUGAUGAGUGUUCUGGAGCCCACUUACAAGAUUCCCACCGUAAGCUUUUUUGCUCAGUCUGUCUUGCAGGACAUGCACAACCAGGCGAAGCUGAGGGUGAUGGAUUCCAUGAAGCCGCUGCAUCACUGCACGGUCAGCAUUGACCUGUGGAAGCACGAGUGCGCUCACUCCUAUGUAACGGUUAUCGUCCACCACAUUGAUGGUUCUUUUGAUUUCAAGCAUCAGGUGCUAUCCAGCCGUCCUGUCACUGAGGAAACCACAGCAGAAAACAUCAAGCUGGCUCUCCUGGAAAUCGCCAACGAGUGGGGAAUCCAGGAGCGGACCUCGUACUCCGUCAUGGUCAGCAACGUCGAUGUCAAGCUGGCUGCCUCCAGGAUGGGCUGGAAGACCCUACCAUGCAUCGGCCACGUGUUGCAGAACUGUGUUGACUCAGCCCUGCAGCAGCCCUUGAUCCUCAGGGUGCUGACUCGGUGCAAGAAGCUAAUGGAGUCCAUCUUCUCCUCGCCUUCCUUGAGGGACAAGCUGAGCUCCAGCGAGCCUUCCCUGAAGGUUCACUCUAAGAUGUUCCUCAAUGGCAACAUGAAGUGGUACUGCACCUAUAGCAUGUUGCAGAGCCUGCAGGAGCAUCGACAUUUCCUUGAUGGACUGAGUGAAAGCCUACAGGAGAAGGGCUUGGCGCUGAAGCUGGACGAUUGGCAAGUGGUCCGUGAGAUAGUGGACAUCCUCAAGCCAUUGGCCAUUGCCACCUCCACCUUCACCAAGGAGCGUUUCUCCAGCUUGUCGCUGGUGAAGCCCGUGAUUACCAGCCUGUUGUACAAGCACUUGGCUGCCAGCGAGAGUGACUCGGAGCUGGCCCACGAUAUCAAGCAGACCAUCUGUGCCAACCUGAACCAGUGGUACUCUGACCGGGAGGUCAACCAGGUCCUGAACCUAGCCUGCGCGCUAGACCCGCGCUUCCGAGGCCUGGACUUCCUAAGCCAGGCCGAGCGGGUGGAGACCCUCCACGCCCUCAAGCGGGAGGCGUCUGAAUUGGCACGGCUACAUCCGCCAGCCAGUGGACGCUCCAGUCUAGAACCAUCCAGCACUGGCCCCAACCCAGCCAAGAAGCCCAAGCAUGACUCAGGCAUUGAGUACCUGCUGGGAGACCUGUGUAACGUGAGGAGCGCGUCAGCCAACUCUGUCCACCAGCAGGCCGAGCAGGAGAUUAGCAACUUCCAGACCAGUGAGGCAUCGUCCCUCUGCCAGGACCCGCUCCUAUGGUGGAAGACACACCAUACCCAGUACCCACUACUUGCCAGUGUGGCGAGGAAACUGCUUGCUGUGCCAGCAACUGUGGUGCCAGCCAACUGGAUAUUCACAGAGGCAGGGCAUGGCAUUUAUAGCAAACGCUCAGCUCUUGCCCCUGAGCACGUGGACAUGCUAGUCUUUAUGCACGGAAAUCUUAAAACUCCUUAAUGUGUGUCUCUGUGUGGAAGUGAAAUCUCAUAUAUUCCUGAAGUUGCCUCUUCUUCUGGUUGUGAAGGGUGGGGAGAUGUCUGCCAGUGUUUGCUGGUGUACUCUCUGGUCCAUCUGAGUUGAGGGCAGGAAGAAAACCUAGUCGUACCUAUCUGUUCACAGCCAUUUGGAACGUAACCGCUGUACCGUGCAGUUCUAGCUCUUAGGAAGGGAAAGAGUUCUGUCUGUAAAAUCACUUAGCAAUCACAGAACUUGAAGUUUGCUGAAAAGGGCCUUGUGUUGCCAGAGUUUUCCAUCUGCGCUCAUCAGGACAGAAUCAAGAAGGCCAAAUUUCAGAUGAUCACAACAAUUUCGACUAUGGCAUGUUGAUUUGAUGGCAAGGCGACUCUUAUUGCUGAAGGUGUUGCCAUGAGUGAAAGCAACAGAGAGUUUCCUAAGCUCCUGGUUAUAUCCAAAGAAGGUGCAACACUUGAAUGUAUUCCUCCUGUCUGCAGAGAACAGUCAUUGCGUCAGAACGUAUAUCGCUUCCAGCGCGUAUAAAUUAAUCAUAUUAUAAGCUUGACUGCCUCAAAUUGAUUAUAUUAGUUAAACUGAGGGCAGUCAGGAUUGUUCAGCCAUUGCUGCCAGUCACCAUCCAACAGGAGAUAAAAAGCUUCAGAAAUAUG